CGACACAUCUUUACCAACUUCGUAUGCUCAGACUUGCGUCACGGAUUUCUUCGCCGGCGCUGACACUCGGUGUCGUCAUGGUUCACACGGACUCGGCCAGAGUGCGCGCGAUGCUGCAAAGCUUGCCCGACUGAUUUAUGCCUUCCCCCUGCCUCGCAUUUUUUGCUCUGUGCCAAACUAAUUCUCCAUCACCCUGUUCGCACUCGACGAUAACCUGGUGAAGCCUGCCUAUAACAAGAUGACCGACCGAACGCAAGGCAAAACUCACGAGGCCGUAGGCGAUGUGAAAUCCGUUUUGAAGGGAGUCAAGGGCCUGGGAGACACUAUCCGUGGCUCGGUCAACGAGUCGAUCGAUACAGCCUUCAAUGACCGGGAGGGAGAAGUCAAAAACAAAGCGGUCAAGGAGAAGGGAGAGGCAGACAUACAGCGGGCUGAUCAACGCUUCGGAGGAACGACCACUUCAGGAACAAGACAUGCAGCAGGGGGCACAACCACUGGCGCAGGUGCGCAUUCUGGAGGUGUUGGGAAUAUGAGCAGCACUGUACCCCAAACAGGUCUUGGUGGUGAACCAACGACGACCAGGGAGAGAUUCUGAGUUCAUGAAGGAUGGCAAAAGAUGUCUUAUCCAUUGAUUGGUCAAGCAGAUGAUCGAGUCGCGACGGCUGAUAUGGCAACUCCCAACAUACAGAGACCUGGUCUGGUGAGCUUGGAGCCACGAAGCACGCCGAACUGUCCCUUUGCCUGUAACAGGAAAAAACCAAAGUGUUCAGAGAACGCAGAACCCCUUCCAACGCAUUGCAACGCGGGACUUGGCGAGAUGAAUCUCUAUCAGUGCAUCCCACGUUCCUUAGUCCUCCCCCUUCGACUCGUGAUUCACUUCUAGUGUUG